AUGGGUGAACCCGUUGACACGUCGUCCGUGCAGGCCUUCAAGCCCUUCCGUUAUGUGCCUUACCGCAAUGUUCCGCUGGUGGUGACGGACCCCGAUUAUAACUCGCUGAUGGACGAGAAAGUGGACUUCACUCCCGCUACCAUGACGUUGGCGCUGCUGCACGCAGAGUCGACCGUAGAACCCAAGCUCAACACGCGACUAGUGCCCGCUGAGACCGUCAGCCGCAGGAUCGAAGACGGGGAGAAGUUCUGCAUGCCUCCGAUGAUUAAUCUUUGCGGCGGCGUUGUCAUCGCCGUGCCCAUCAUAACAACCACGGAGGAACUCCCGGGCAGGCACUGCAGCCUUCUCCUUGUGGCACACGCUAAUGAUCUUCGGGAACUCGCGAGCGAGAACCGCACAGUGGUUUUCCAUGUGGACCCGAAAGCCAGACUGCGCUUCCACGAUGUCGUUUUCAACACCGUGCACGAGUGGAUCAUGAGCACUGCUCGUGCGCAGGCACUAUCGAGCCUCGGCGGGGCCGGUUUCGAACGGCCGAAAGAGUCCGACAUCGACGAACGUUUGGAGAGGUGGAAGAACGUGGUUCGUCUGGAUUCCGGUAACCUGAGAGACACCGCACCCGUCACUGGUCUACGCGUGGCGGAGGUGUAUAAAACGUUCCUCGCCCACAUGGAAGCCGUCGUUGCGCAACCCUCGUCGUACGAAUUCAAGCUCAUGGGGCGCAAGGAGCUGAAGCCGUUUCGUCAACAGAUUGCGCAGUACAUAGAGGGUAUCGCGCUCGGGCAGAAGUUCGAAGGCGCCCUUUUGCAGCAAGGGACAGCAGCUUCUGUGGAGGGGUGGCAAGGGGAAGCCGAGGGAGGUCGCGCUGAGGGGGGCAAGGGAAAGCCGAAGGAGGCGUCCGAGGGGAGCAGGGGGAAGCAGAAGGAGGUGUCUGAGGGGGAUGAGUGGAAGAAGGAGAAGCGGAAGUUGAAGGAAAAGCUGGAUGAGGAGAGGAGCGAGAAGGAGCAUCUGCGGGAGGAGCUGCGGAGUAAGGAUGCUGAGCUUGCGGAGGAAAAGGAGAAGGGUACCAAGUAUGUCGGGCAUGCAAAACAAGUACUUGAUAAGGCGGCGGAGGUUUCUACAAACGCAGCGGCCACGCUGGAUCGUUCCCGAGCGAUGCAAGAGACCCUUGCCAAGGGCGUCGAGCAGCUGGUGGGUGAUCACGCCAAGGCAGCGGCGAAGACAGAGGAGACGGUGAAGUCUGUGGAAACGUCGUUUGCUGGUGUCGGAGACAAGGUCAAGACGGCCGCGGAAGGUGCCGUUGCGGGGCUUGGGCAGCAGGACGUUCUCGUCGAAGCCGUCAAGGGGGUGGUCAACAAGAGGCUGGAGGAGAUUAAAGCCUCCAUUGUCGCGCUGGUCGACAAACGUGUCCGCGAGGUUGUAGCUGAGUCAACCAAGGGUUUGAAGGCGGACAUCGUCUCCAUGGUUCGGGACACGACGAGGCAGGCCUUUGGCGAAGCUGGCUUCGCAGCUCUUCCGAGCGUUUUUGGUGCCGCAACAGCUUUGGCACGCCAAGGUGGAGGAGGGGGUGCAGGAGGAAAGCAUCCUCGUGGGGAUGAUGGGAGUGAUACGCAUGGCGGGAUGGCAGGAGAUACUGUCCACAGCGAACUCGCGCGGCAAAAACGAUCGAAGGCUGGCUGGCUGGAGAAGGGUGUGGGGGACGUCCCAUCGAAGCUGGCAUCUCGUGCGGAGGGUGGUGUUGCACCUUUGCACAUAGACCUCACCCUGGGCACACCGGUGGGGCGUGCAGACGGUCGGGCCAACAUUGGGGCGUCCUUGCCGUCGCAAGGUUUAGUUGCGGUCGGGGCUAGCAGGGGUCAUGGUGCGCAACCACCAAGCGGAGGUGGCAUUGUGUUGGGCCUUCCGACGAGGACUCUCGCUGGCCGUGGAGGUGUGGAGCAGACUGGUGCGGAAGGUGCUGUUCAAGGGGCGGCGCCGCGGACCCAGGAGGUGCCCGGGGCCCCGCAAGGAGACGUUCACGAUUUCCUGGCAGGGAUGCGAACCGCCAUGGAAACGGGUCAGCAACAGCACCCGGUGGUUGACCAGGGACUUGCGGCAAUCCGGGCGGGAUUGCAAGAGCUUCAGCCCGCGGGCGAUCACCAUGCGCAUGCGCAGCCUCAGCGCCCCGUAGCCUCCACACCUGCUGCGGACGACGACGUACCUGCAAGCGAGGCUAUACCGCCCGAGGGUCAGCUCAGCUUCCCUCCGGACUUGUUCGGCAUUGAUCUUGGUGAGGCUGAUACGUACGCACAGGAGUGGCAGGCAGGUCAUGGCGACUCGGAUGGCGAAGCGGAGGAGCACGUGGAUAACGAGGAGAACGAGGAGAAGGAGGAUACGGAAGGCCUCCAUGUACUUGGUGCCGUGGAAGGAGAGGAGACUGACGGCAAGGCUGGUGGUGCUUUGGCGGAGGUUGAAGGGGGCAGGGGUCGCAAGGGCGCUGGCGUCCGCAAAGACAGAAACUCGCCUGGAUGGACCGCCGACGUUGUGGGUGGAGGCCGCUCCCGCUACCUGGGCUACUCGUUGAAACGGGCGGACGUGGAGUUUACAGUGUCCGUAGCCAUGAUUGUGUGGGACGGAUACGUGUCGAAGGUGCUGUGGGCCUACAAGGAGGGUGAAACUCCCCCAUCGUGGCCCCAGGAAUGGGCAUUGGCCAAGAGACUUCCGAAAGGCCUGUGGACAUGCAUGUGGUCUCGUACCAUCUGCGGCGACAAAGACAGGUGUGGUUUCCUCGCGGAUGUUUUUGGAUUUUUACUAGUGCGGAUGUUCAGAUCAUAUGCUUGUACACCCUCUCUGACCUGUUUACCCACGUCUCGCAGGCUGACCAAGUUUUUCACGCACGUCUCUGCGUAUCAGAGCGGUGGUUUGGACUUCCAGCCCGCUGUGAGUCUGGCCGUCGGUGCCAUUGCGGCCAACGCGGAGGCGCGUGACAUGAAGGCUGCUAUCGCGUAUGGGGUCACCAUCGCGUCCACGGUUGCUGCCGCCUGGUACUUGGCCUCACAGAGGGCUCCUCAAUUCGCGCAAGCUUGCCAGUGGGCUGUGGAUGUGGGGACGAAGCUCGACCAGGCCAAUGACUUCCCGAACCUCUCGGACAAGUUGAAGAAGGUCAUGGAGGCGGUCAUGCAUGCUGUGAAGCUCGCGGACGAAGAGGAAGGUGCGCUUGCGAAUGGGACAACCUUCGUCAAUCAGGUCACUACGCAGGCUCUGACGGCGGCGAACAUGUCGCAGGAUCCCUGGGGGAAGUUCAUCGCGAGUGAACUUCUGCACACCUUGGCCUACUGGGCUGACUGCCCGGACGGACGUGAUUCCAUGCAGGCAGUCGGCAUGGUGGUUCCACUUUCGGAGGUCAUGACGAAGCUCACCGUGUACAGGAACAAGCGCAGCUACAGGUUCAACAAGUGGGAGAUUCCCGGAUCUGCGCCGACCCGAACUCGCGCACGCGGUGGUCGCGCGGGCCAGCAGCAGGGAGGUGGUCGCGUGGGCCAGCAGCACUGA